CGAUUCGCGAUCUGUGAUUGGCUGCGCGAAGGUCACGGCGUCUGCCAUUGGUUCGUUCUCUGCGCACGGCGCCAGCGCCGUAACCUCCUCUUCGCUGAUUGGCUGGGCGCCGCGCUCGGGCGCGAUUUCCAACGCGGGAAACUACCGAGUGAGUUCGGAUCACCGUAGCAACUCCUGCCAGUGAGCGCUGGAUAACAACGGAACCACAGGCGCCGCGUUCUGGAACAGCGAUACGCUGGGAAUGACUGACUUUAUAACACAGCGAAUAACGGUGGCACGUUAACGGCGGGAUAUUCCUCCAACUGCACUUAUUUACACUUUCACAUUUUUAACUAAGCUUAAUUUUAACUGAACGUUAUUUGCGAUGGCUGACAGCAAGCAUCAAGUGAUAUUUUGUAACGACUCGCCGAAAAGAGUCCUGGUGUCCGUGAUCAAGACGACUCCCAUCAAACCGAAAGCGGCGGACUCUCUGAUGCCCACCAGCCCCGGAUUCAGCGACUUCAUGGUGUAUCCGUGGCGCUGGGGUGAAAACGCGCACAAUGUGACUCUGAGCCCCGGAUCUGGCAGCGGAACCGCCUCGCCGACCCGAAACAGCGGCUCUCCCGCCGAAUCAGAUGAACACCUCAAGGAUGGCAUUCGGCGCGGACGCCCGCGGGCAGACGCCGUCCGAGAGCUGAUCAACGAGGGCGAGAACUCCACGAGCCGCAUCCGCUGCAACAUCUGCAACCGCGUCUUUCCCCGCGAGAAAUCUCUACAGGCGCACAAACGCACGCACACGGGUGAAAGACCGUACUUGUGCGAUUAUCCGGACUGCGGGAAAGCGUUCGUCCAGAGCGUACAGCUGAAGACCCAUCAGCGCCUCCACACCGGAGAAAAACCCUUCGUCUGUUCGGAGAAAGGUUGCAGUAGCCGAUUCACGCACGCUAACCGUCACUGUCCCAAACACCCAUACGCUCGGCUGAAGCGCGAGGAGCCCGCGGGUGGCUCCGGGAAAUCACAGGGAGCCGACAACAAGGCUGUGGCCGAAUGGCUGGCGAAAUACUGGCAGAUGAGAGAGCAGCAGACGCCCGCGCCGACUAAAGCAAAGACUCUGAGUAAGACCACUAUAGAGGACCAGGAGCAGCAGGACCCUCUGGACUUCCUGCCGUCUGAUGAAGGUGAAGAAGAGGAGCAGGACGAAGAGAAGAGCGGCGGCAGACGUCUUCAAGAGCAGCGCGAGCGUCUUCACGGCGCACUAGCGCUCAUCGAGCUGGCUAACAAUCUCUCCGCAUGAGAAACGCCAGCGACUUCCCUCGCGUCUUGAGACCCUCCUGGGUUCAUAUAAGCUACAAGCACCUUAUUUUGCUUCCUGUUGUACCUUUAGGCUGCUAUGAUGGUAGUGAUAUCAUUAUAUGAAGAAUG